AUGCAGAGAUAAUUGAGAAACAAAUAAAUAGGUACUGUCACAAAAAUUGCUAUAGCUGUGCAUCCUAUAUUAUUAUUUUUAGUAGUUGUUUCAAUAUGUUUAAAAUUGAAUUAAGAAUUUUUAAUUUCUAUUUUAUUAGCAUAAGCAGCUUGGUAAUAACUUAUUAUUAAGACUCUUCAUCUAAGAUUAAAUAGAUUUAAUUAUUUAGAAGAAUAACAAUAAAUUAGAAAGAGAUUUGGACUUUCAACCUAAAAAAACAAAGAAUCAUCUUUAUGGUAUUUUUUUAAUUAUUUUUUAGGUAUUAUAGAAUAAUGCUUUUAUUGCCAAUUAUUGUCUGUAAAUUUAUUAAGGCUCUGUUAUUCUUGUUGUUGGGAUUAAAUAACAUAUUGAAUAAAAUGAUGAUUAUUAUACUGAUUUAGAAAGUGAAGGAUUAAUAAUGA